AUCCGAUGUCUGACGAUGUUGAUUGUCUCUCUCGGUUUCCCUAAGAGAUGUUGUCACCAGCACACCACCUUCCCCGCCCCCCGGCCCAAUAUCACCCCUCCCCACCUCACGCCGCAGAGCCCAGUCUCCGCCCUGGCGUUUGUGUGGCGCAGCGCCCGCUCGGUUUUCCGGAGUCUCGGUGUCCGGCAGCGGAGGGACAUGGCCGGACUGACUGCUGUGGCCGACGUGCAGAUCGACCCCGACGGGGUUUUCAAGUAUAUCCUGGUGAGGGUGAGCAAGAAGGGCGGCUCGGAGCACAAGGACAUUGUGAGGGGCACCAAGACCGCUGAGUUUCACAAUAAUAUUUUUGAAAAACUGGCUCCUGAAAUGGAAAAGCUGGAGCUGGAAUGCAAGUGUCUAGGAGGUGGAAAAAUUGAUCACAACAGCAAGGAGAAAAAAAUUCGUGUGUUUGGUGUUUCCACGGGUUUUGGGAAAGCAGAUCAUGCUGUCUCUGUGGAAAAACUGAAAUCCGUAUACAAGGAUUAUGAAAUUACAUGGUCCGAUGACACCAAGUAAAAUCACCGUGUGGAAUCCUAUCCAUCAGUAGAAUUGUUAUUUAACUGUGUUCACUUUGUUUUAUUCUUGCGAUUUCUAUGUUUCCAGAUGCAAGUCGUUUCUUUAUGGUAUUCAGUUGAGCUAUGGACAGUGCCAAGGGACUUUGUGUACUGUGAUAUUAAACUAUAUCCAUAUUGAAUGUACUUUUGAGAUACAUUAUCCAAUAAAUGAUACGUUUUGAGUUUG